AUGACCGUGCCAAUGCAAACCAACAUCGAUCCCAAGGAGAUCCAAGCCCACCUUUCCCAGUACAAGGGUGACCAAUACGUCGAAGGUUGGGCCUCCCUCUGGGACAAGGGUGAAAAGCUCCCCUGGGACCGAGGCUUCCCGAACCCAGCUCUGGAGGAUACGCUCGUCAACCAGCGCCCGACCAUCGGUGCGCCUGUCACAGACGCAGGGCGGCGGAAGGCGCUGGUUCCCGGUUGUGGGAGGGGCGUCGAUGUCCUCCUCCUUGCGAGCUUCGGAUAUGAUGCCUAUGGCCUUGAGUACAGUUCUGGUGCUAUUGAGGCCUGCAAGAAGGAAGAGCAAGAAAAUGCCAAUUGGUAUCGUGUACGGGACCAGUCGGUUGGCACAGGGAAAGUCACUUGGAUCCAGGGUGACUUUUUUGAUGAUGCUUGGCUGCAGACCAUUGGCUUGCCCUUGAAAUCUUUUGAUAUUGUCUAUGAUUAUACGUUCUUCUGUGCACUUGAGCCAUCACUGCGACCCAACUGGGCGCUUCGACACACCCAGCUCCUUGCUCCUUCCCCCGCGGGCAACUUGAUCUGCCUCGAGUUCCCGCGUCAUAAGGAUCCGCAAGCUGCAGGUCCUCCAUUUGGCUCCUCAUCAGAGGCUUAUAUGGCACACUUGAGUCACCCAGGUGAACAAAUUCCUUACGACGCCAAGGGUGUCGUCAAGCAUGAACCUCUGCGGGAGCCCAGUGAAAACGGCCUGGAGAGAGUGGCAUUCUGGACGCCAGAGCGUACCCACGAAGUAGGCCAAGGCGAGAAUGGGGUGAUUCACGACCGGGUCUCAAUCUGGCGUCGUCGAAACUAA